UGCCGCCCCGGCCCCGGCCCCGGCCCAGCUGACCCCUGGGGCCCCGGCAGUGGACAGGGACCGGUUCGAGGCCCCCAGCUCCCUGCCCUCUGCCCCGGGGAACCCCGACCCGGCGGGGACAUGAACAGUGUUUGCUGCCUGGUCCUGGCCGCGCUGAGCCUGUGGCCAGACCGAGCCGCGGCGCCAGGGCCGCCCCCCGGCCCCCCAAGGGCCUCCCCGGACCCGCGGGCCGAGCUGGACAGCGCCAUCCUGCUGACGCGCGCGCUGCUGGCCGACACCCGGCAGCUGGCCGCGCAGCUGAGAGACAAGUUCCCAGCCGACGGAGACCACAACCUGGACUCUCUCCCCACCUUGGCCAUGAGCGCAGGCGCGCUGGGAGCCCUGCAGCUCCCCGGCGUGCUGACGCGGCUGCGGGCCGACCUGUUCUCCUACCUGAGGCACGUGCAGUGGCUGCGCCGGGCGGGCGGCCCGUCCCUGCGGACCCUGGAGCCCGAGCUGGGGGCCCUGCAGGCCCGGCUGGACCGGCUGCUGCGGCGGCUGCAGCUCCUGAUGGCCCGCCUGGCCCUGCCCCAGGCGCCCCCAGACCCGCCGGCGCCCCCCCUGGCCCCGCCGGCCUCGGCCUGGGGAGGCAUCCGGGCGGCCCAUGCCAUCCUGGGGGGCCUGCACCUGACGCUGGACUGGGCCGUGCGGGGCCUGCUGCUGCUCAAGACCAGGCUGUGACCCUCGGCCCCGGAAGCCACCUCGCCCUUCACCGCCAGACCUUAUUUAUUUAUUUAUUUCGGGACUGGGGGCGUGGCAGCCAGAGGACCCCUCCCGCAUCUCCCCUAUUUAGAGAGGGUCCCUCCAGGGGACACCCGUGCCUUAUUUAUACUUAUUUAUUUCCAGGGGUGGGUGGGAGGCAGGUGGACUCGGGGGUCCCCAGCGGGAGGGGCCUGGGGUCCCGGGGUUCUUGGAUCCCCAGGUCUGGCCCCCACUCCUCUGGGCCUGAG